GACUCCCAGUUCUAUGAUAAUGAUCUGAACCCAAUGCUCAAUUAGUUUUGCCACUAGUUUGUAAGCAUAAGAUAUUUAUACCUCCGAGGCGAUGCAAGAGUCCGCCGUUCUUGUUGACGCCAUGGAUGCAGUAGCUGUCGGCAGACUGCUGUGGUUGACCGGCGACAAGUAGACCAGAAUUCUCGAUGGUCGAUUCCCCUUAUCCGACGCUGCUGCAGCCAGUAGCCUUAGAGCUCUCCUGCGAAGAGAAACAAAGGCACAGGCUGUGAGUGGGGAGAUAUGGCGGCUGCCGGCACCGCAGCGAUGGAACACCGCCUGCAGCCGUUGAAAGGCCGCGUGGCGAUCGUGACAGGCGGCGCAGGUGGCAUCGGCUCGGCGGUCUCGGCCCACCUCGCCUCCCUUGGCGCAAGCGUCGUCAUCGGCUACGUCGGCGACCCGAGCCCGGCGGAGAAGUUGGCGGAGGCGAUCAACACGACUUACGGGGCUGGCGAUGGCCACUCCGGCGGCCCCCGGGCCAUAGCGGUCUCCGCCGAUGUUUCCAGCUCCGCCCAAGUCAAGUCCCUGUUCGACGCAGCAGAAGCUACCUUCGGCGCCGACCUGCACAUACUCGUAACCGCUGCCGCCGUCAACGACGCCCGAUACCCAUCGAUAGUCGACACCACCGAGGAAAUCUUCGACCAGAUGUUCGGCGUGAACGCCAAAGGCACGUUUCUCUGCUGCCGGGAGGCGGCGAACCGCCUGGUCCGGGGCGGCGGCGGGCGGAUCAUCACCUUCUCGUCGUCGGGGGUGGGGGGGCUCAGGCCGGGAUUCGGGACGUACGCAGCGACGAAGGCUGCAGUCGAGGUGAUGACGAGGGUGCUAGCGAAGGAGCUGAAGGGUACGCGCAUCACGGCUAACGGGGUGGCCCCGGGUGCGACGGCGACGCCCAUGUUCUACGCCGGGCAAUCGGAGGAGGCCGUGUCAGCGUGCACGGCGGAGAUACCGCUGGGCCGGCUGGGACAGCCGGAGGACGUGGCGCCGCUGGUGGGCUUCUUGGCCAGCGAUGACGGAGAGUGGGUGAAUGGGCAGAUCAUUCGUAUCAAUGGUGGCAAUAUCUGAGAUCGCUGCAGACGAGCUGAAUGCUCGAUAAUGAUCCACAGAGUAUUUAAGUUCGAUGAAAUAAGAAUGAUAUGUUAAGCUUGUCUUA